UUUAGCUUUAUUAUUUAGUUAUAUUCAACACCCGCGACGAGGCAGACGUGUUUAUGUGUAUAUUUCUUUAAUAAAUUAAAGAAUUAGGUAGUGUCGUGUCGUGGUAUAGUGAUUAAAAUGGAGAAUAACAAUCAAAAAGACGCGCCGAAAUCAAAAGUUGAUUUGAACGAUGUGGAGAUGGUUUUCGGUACACCAACGUCUCCCAAAUCUCCUCGGCCUGAUAUUAUCAUUGAAAAUGAAAAGAGCCCCAAUAAAAAUACAGACAAGAAACAUGGAACCGAAAAUGAAACAGAAGGUUCUCACCAAACGCAGCCUCUGCUCGAAUCAGACAAACAACCACAGUCACCACCACUUACAGGUCCAGAGAUAGACGAUUUGGAUAUUCCCCACGCAGACGCUACUCCAUACCCGGGCAUUGAUGAUGGACUUUUGGAACCUGGAGACAAAAUGGAACCGCACGACAAACACGACAGCGAAAAGCCUGAGCACGAAGGAUCCGACCACUCGACGCGCGAAGACGGCGUCGGUACAGUCGACGGUAAAUGGCCUUAUCCAGACACCGACGAGCCUGACUAUCCUUACGAUGGCGCCAACGGUUUCGGCUACAGGUUCAAUGUUGAUGAUCGGCCCGGCUCCCCGAUACCUGGCUCUAUCCCGGACGUAAACACCUACCAGCAGAAGAAAAACUUGGCUCAAGGUAUGAUGGACCUGGCACUACUUUCAGCCAACGCGAACCAACUUCGAUAUGUGCUGGAAUCUGCAUCUUCGCAUCCUUACUACUACCCUAGUCUCACUUUUAUUGCUAUGAGCAUUGUUUUACAGAUCGCUGUCGGUGUGGGUCUAAUAAUGAAUAGUAGAUACAACGUGAAAGACGACAAGGACAUUUGCAAGGCGGACAAAAUUAAUAACUUUACGGUACUAGGCGUGUUUCUGAUAACCAUAGUGAAUGUGUUCAUAACUUCGUUUAGUGUGGCCACUCCGAACGUUCCAGGGACUUCUGUGGUGGUAGCUUCAACCGGUAGUGGAUAAUUAGCUGAUUAUUUUAAUCUUGGUUUCCAAUUUGUAAUGGGAUAGUUACCUUUAGCUUAAACUUUUCGUUUUGGUUGUAUCCAAUAUCUCAAACGAAUACGUACCUAGUACAUAUCUUAACUUUAGUAGGCAAACGAACACGGAGCUUGUAUCUUACGAAUAUUAUUCAAAUGUACUUUUUAAGUUUCAAAUAAGCAAUGAAGUGUUGCUCAAGUUUUUGAUACUGAUUUUUUUACUAUUUAACUAUACGUAAGGUAAGUUCAUGUUAAGGUUACUAUUAUCAUAGUUUGAAGGGACUAGAAAUCUCUAGUCUAGACGAUAUACCCUAAUGAUCUAGAAUCUUAUGCUCUUUUUCAGUGUUUUAAUGUCAAACCCAUUAAGUCAUUUCCGUAUACUCUGUAUGUGUAGUGUAUGACUGUAGUGUUUAAAUUUUAAAUAACUUUUUAAAGUCACAAAGACACAGAGAAUAUAUUGUUGUUACUACAAUGUCUACUUUUGCCCUAUUGAUAUAACUAAGCUUAAAAAUGUCGCUCAAAAUGUCCCGAUAUUAUACACUCGACUGUUUUAUAUGCAUUUACUAUAAGAAUAAGUUAUAAUAAGAAUCUCAUGUAAAUCUUGAUCUUAUACCAGAAAUCUGAAAACCGAAUGUUACUUAAUUUUAAGAUAUUUUUAUUGAAGUAUAUUUAUUUGUAUAUAUUGGUAAA